AUGGAGAAACCAUUGCCAACUGCACCCUACCACUCCCUCGCACUCACAGAGCCCGUCGUGCACCUCUUCAACAAGACCAUCUCCAUGGGGGUCGUCCUGAAGAAUAAGAUAUCCAUGGGGUUCCUCUUCCGGCACCCAGCGCCGUGCGCAUCGGGGGUCGUCGAUCGUGUCAGACCCGGCGACUCGGCCGACGCUAGCGAGGCGCCCGAGUUGACCAGAGAAGACGUGGAGACGGUGAUGGAGAUCAUUACGGGCAUGCCUUGCGGCGCGGACGGUGAGCGGCUCGAGGAGCUGCGUGGCGUGUUCGAGGGGGAGGAGCCGAGCUUGGAGGAAGUGGCGGAGGCGUUCUCCGUCUUCGACGAUGACGGUGACGGGGUCAUAGAGCCCCUGGACCUGCAUCGUGUUCUCUGCAAGCUGGGCUUCCCGGAGGGGGCGGCAUUGGAGGCAUGCCGACGGAUGAUCGCUGCGUACGACGAGAACGACGACGGGAGGAUCGAUUUCAAGGAGUUCAUCAAAGUUGUGGAGGGCAGCUUCUUUGAUUAA